AUGAAUUUAUUUCCUCAAAGUGAACUAUACUACUCACUAUUUCAUUUCAGCGACAAUUAUUCUUAUGAAAAACAAUGGAAUAAUAACAAUAAUAAUAAUAACCACAACACCUAUUAUGAUGGAGGUGGAGAUGAUGAUUCAGAAAGUGAUGGGGCGGCAAUAGUCGACAGAACUCCUGCUGGUGUUGCUCAUGCCGAGGAGGAUGUUGAUGACAAUCCCCUCCAACUCCAUGAAACUAACUCGGAGCAUAUUCUCUGCACACAGUGUUGUACACAUAAUACAAUAAUAGGGAAUGUGAGAGAAGGAGAGAAAUGGAAAUCACAAACAUCACCACUUUCCAAUUCUCAACAGCAUCGAAUGAUCAAUUCAUUCUGCACAUAUGAGAAACAGGCGGAGAAAAGUACAACAAGGCAUUCUAAAUAUACCUCAUCUCAUACAUACUCCUAUCAUCGGAGAUAUAUUGAUGAACGCGUCAGUCGUAGACGUAGAACUCUAUCCUAUCCAUCCAGGAGUCGACCAUCUUCAAAUUAUUCAAUACCGAAAUCUCAUCUGAUCAUGAAGUCAUCGGUUUGUGCACCCUGUCCAACUAGACGAUCAUAUAUUAGAACUAUCAGUAAGCAUAAUGUGAAUAAUCAUUUAUCAUCACCGUCUUCUUCUUCAUCAGGUGGUGGUGGUGGUUUGUUCAAUGAAUUCGUCAGUUGGAUACACGGUUUAUUCAGUCGACCGAAUUCCUCCCAGUCAGCAGCAGCAGCAACAACAACAACACUCAGUCCAUAUGAUAUCAUAGACACAUCUGAAUCAAAACUGUACAACAUAGACAUCAAAUCAGCUUCAAGUGAUCACCACUAUAAACGAGCGUAUUCUGCUCCUAUUCGAAAUAAUCAAUCUUAUCAUAAUAUUACAAGACUAGAAGACGCCACCACCACCACCAACACCAGUGAAGCUGAUGACAUGACGACUGACUUCAAAGAUCUGACUAGAAAUUUCAGUGCACUGACGCAUACACCAUCUUCACCACCACCACCAGCAUCAUCAUCCUCAUGCUCAUCAUCAUGUCUGCAAUUCAGUAGACCGCCAGAUACAGAGACAAGUUAUUACACACCAAAUGAAGGUAUGACAGUCACCUCGUCGAGAACAGAAGUGAUGGUAGUAGUUGGUUUAUCAGUUGCAGAGACAGCAACGAAUAAAACAACUACUGCAAUGAAUUCGCCUCUCUCACCACCACCACCACCACCACUACCACCAGUCGAUCAUUCCAUCACACCGACAAGCAAAACAAAUUCACUGAAAUCAAGUGAAAUUAUGUUGACGGAAAAUAAUUCAAUAAGUGGUGGUGGUGGUGGUCUCUUCGACAAUUGUCAGUCAAUAAUCAAAUAUCCGCGUAAAAGUCAAAAUAUCACUGAAUUCUACGAUGAUGAUGAUGAUGAUAAUGAAGGCGAUAGAUUUAUUAGGCCAGAUCCCAUAGAGAUACAGUCAUCAGUACUAGUAGCAGUAGUUGGUAAUCGAGAGAGUGACAAACACUUAACUGCCAGUUGUCAGAAUCCCUCGGCGAUCACUCACUCAUCUUCAGGUAAUUUCAAUAAGAAUGAACAAGAGGAAAUCUCUGAAGUCUCUGUCACAUUGACAACUAGUUCUCCGCCUGGAAAACUAUUAAAUCAACAGCGUAUUAAUCAAGGUGCCGCUGAUGACAACACCAAUAAGUCAGUAAGUAUUAGAAGUAGUAAUCACCCUCAUAGACAACAGGUCAAUGACUCGAAUUUCAUCUUUGAAAUCAGUCUCCAACCUGAAUUGUGUGCCUUAAAGGGAAUUGCUUAUCAUACUGAUCAAGCAUUAACAACAGAAAUCAAUGACUCAGUAUUAUUCAAUAAACAAUUCCAGUAUGUAAACACACAACUACCAUUACAGGAUAAACAUAAAGCAAUCAAUGUUAAAGGCGUGAAAUAUAUCUCCUACGAUAAUGUAAUACACAUUAAUCAAGAUUCGGAGACAGUAUACUACGCCGCCGCCAACGGGGAACAAAUAUCACAGUUGGCUCCUGCAAUACAAAAUCCAUCAUCGAUGAAUACUCAUCACGGCAAACAAUGCCUGACAGGGAAUUUGGAGACCUCGGAACAAAUUCUAUCACCUACAUUCCAUGUUGAAAUGAAUGAAUUGCAUAGAUCACCACUACCUGGAGUGGCUCACUACUAUGAUAAAUACAAUAGCACUGAUCAUCGGAUACUCGCCACAGAAGGCAUAGCCGCUAGUCAAAAACUACUCGAGAAGCGUUUGUCUGAUAUUCAUCAUCAAGGAACAGGACUGGACACGGUGCCACCAUCAGGAGUAACAACAACAACAACGACAAUGAUGAUGAUGACGACGGCAGAUGGGGAAAGUGAACACAGUAAGUUACUCUGUAUGAAUCAAUUUGGAGAAGGAAUUCUCUCUGGACUAUUGACCUCACAAUUACGCUUAGCACGGAAGUGUAGUUCAUACGAAUCGGAGAAGCAGCAUUGGGGAGGAGGAGGAGGCGAGGGAGGUUAUGGUGGUUAG